CCAAGCCGGUCAAUCGGCCUCUGACCGUAACCCCGGCCACACUCCAUCACCCCGGCCGUCGCCAUCGGCCGUGCCUGGCCACAAACGGCAUCGGGGGUUGUGCCAUACCCUUCUUCAACUCCGGUAGAUGAGGGCUCAAGGGUUGAAUUGGACGAAAACAUCAUGGCGUUGUGCCAUUGUCAAAUUACUGACCGGGGGUUCGCCGAUGCCACUGACAUGGUUGGACCCUCCAUCGAGGUCAUGAGACCUACCAGUACUCAAACUGCUCUAGACGCACCGUCGGGGUUCUUCACGGUCCAUCUGGCGUCUUUGAAGAAGGGGCUGCGCUUCCCACUCCACCCGUUGUUGAUCGAAUUCCUCAACGUGGUGGACCUUCUCCCNAUGGCGUUGUGCCAUUGUCAAAUUACUGACCGGGGGUUCGCCGAUGCCACUGACAUGGUUGGACCCUCCAUCGAGGUCAUGAGACCUACCAGUACUCAAACUGCUCUAGACGCACCGUCGGGGUUCUUCACGGUCCAUCUGGCGUCUUUGAAGAAGGGGCUGCGCUUCCCACUCCACCCGUUGUUGAUCGAAUUCCUCAACGUGGUGGACCUUCUCCCGUGCCAACUGGUCCCCAACUCUCACCGGUACAUCGCCGGUUACCUGGUCCGGUGCAAAGAUGUAGGGGUGAAGCCGACCUUGGACCAUUUCAUAUUCACCUUCAAACUGACCAAGGGCCCUAAAGAUUGGGCGUCCUAUGCCAGUCUUUCCCAGAGGUCCAGUAAACUCUUUGCUAGUGAUAAGAAGGGGUCAACCAAAGACUGGAAGCCUUUCUUUGUCUUCGUUUCGACGGGGCCCGAAUCUCCUUUCACGGGUUCAAGGCGCCCUUCCUUCCGCCGCAUCCCAUGCCCCCCACCUGAUGCCACCCUUUUGUCCAUCACUCGCCAAUUCUGCAAUAAGGGAGUUGUGAACAUUAAAGAGGUGGUGACAGAGGAAACCCUUGCCGGGUUGGGGUUUGAGUUUGUUCAGGAUGAGCUUCGCCACCAACCCGACCUACUGAGGGACAUCCCCGGUGGGCAUCAGCCUGACCAGCUGAAGGACAUUCCUGAGGAAGGUCUUGACUGUGGUCCUUUUGUGGAAUUACAAGAUUCAGGAGAAGAGAUGGACAGCGAUCUCCUGCUCAGUCGCUUCACUGCAGGGAGGAAGAGGAAGAGAGAGACGAAGGGCCAGGGCAAGCGUUCUUCAUCCCACCGCAAGGAGGGUCCUUCUCGAGAGCCGGCCGUAAUUGUGGUAGAGGACCAAGAAGAUGCUACCCAGGAACCGGGUACCAUCGCUGGCCAAUCCCCUCCACACCCCGUGAUGCAGGGUGGCGACCUCGUCGGCUCGUCUCAAGGCAUUGCCUUGGAGCGACCUCCCUCGCCACCUGCAGUGACCUACGAGGUGGCGACCGGGGGUCGCUCGACGAGGCUCUGCAUCCCUCCGCUGCCCCAAAGCCUAUGGGACGUACAGCUGGAGACUCUGAUCACUCUGUUUGCAGAAGACCAGGCUCGUAUCUCAGCAGGCUCCGAGGACGACCUUGACAACAUGGUCCUUUUGAGGCUCAGUCAGGCUACGCUAGGGAUGAUUGAGGUGGUCGGCCGGAAACGGGGUCGCCAGGCCGCCGCGGACGAGGUGAUGAAAGCAGCCGAGGCCAAGCAGAAGGAGCUGCAGGAAGAGGUCGCUCGACUCACAAGGGAGUUGGAGGAGAAAGAAAAUCGCUGCGCGGCGCUUGUUGUGGAGAAAGCUUCCCAGGAGAACCGCUGCGUCGCCCUUGAGGCAGACAAGGCCUCCUUAUCCUUGGAGGUAGAAUCUGUUUCUGCUCGCGUGGUCGAGCUGGAAGGGGAGAAAUCUGAUCUGAUACAGCAGUUGGAAGUGGAGAGGAGCGAUCGGGUCCGCCAUGCAGAGGAAGCGGUAGAAUCCUUCAAGUCCUCUCCUGACUUCACGGUGGUCGCGAUGGAGCGGAUGGAAGAGCUAACGGUUGCUUGGCUCAAAACUAAACCUGGGGCUCAAUGGAUGGUCAAGGAGGGGACCAAGUCCUUCAAUUGCGGACUCUUCCGAGCCCAACAGGUCUUCCGCGAUAGACUGGCCCAGCUCCCUAAAGGAUUCUCUCUCCCCGACCUUGGCUUCCCCCCUCCCUGCCGCUCCUUGGCCGAGUUCGACCCCAGUCCCUAUAUGGACGGGGGGAGCUCGAGUGCGUCGGAAGAAGAGGAAAAAGAAGAAGUGGAAGGUGGUCAGAGCGAUCUGAAUCCAGGGGCCAGCUUAGCCAUGUCCAAAGCGGGUGGACCUUCCGGCUCGGCCGUCUAAAUCCCCCAUAGCUUUACAAACACUUGCCUCUCUCUUUUCCUUCGGAAUGAUUUGUCGUUUUGAUACAAUGCUCCUAUGUUGUUUGAUUUUCUAGAUUCACCAUGUGCUUUCUUUUUUCGGCGCUUUACUUCAGCACUCUCUUUUUUGAUUUAGUAGGUUAACAUGUAUGUUUUAGUUUGGGCCCAACUCCUAGUCCCGGCCCGUUUACCUGUCCGGGCCCAAUCUCUGGAUUUGCCAGCGUGCCGCCCAAUUGACCCAAUGCCCUUCACCGUUUCUGAUUGGACCUUCGCGCGGCUCAAAGCUGCUUUUGUUGUAUUUAGGUGCCCUAGCAGCAAUCAAAUACCUAUGUAACU